CAACUUAGCAAAAUAACCUUUUCAUUUUGAGGUUAGAAUUUAUAAAUAGAAGAAUUUAAGUUAUAAAACAAAUAGACAAUUUUUUUAACAAUAUUAAGUAAUAACAGUCUAAGUAAACGACAUUAUAACGUAACGACAUUUACUUCAUAUACAGAUGUGAAUAUGAUUAUAUUAUAUUUCACGAGAUAAAUUGUUCAAUUAUGUUUAUGAUCAUCUAAAAAAUCCUUUAUAAAUAUAUUUAAUAUGUAGUUAUUUUGCGACCUUUUAAAUUUAACUAACUGAGGGCUUGCAAUGUGAUCAUGGAAAUACAUUCAUGAAACAACACAAUGUCAUUAAACUAUGCGUUCAGCUUUUCCGUAUUUUUGCUUGCCCUUGUUAUUCUCAAUAUUUAUUUCUUUUAUACUCUUAACACAAUUGACCGAAAAUCCCCCAAGUUCAACGUACCUAACCUUAGAUUUGAUUUGACUUCUAGUGUUUUCAAAGAUAUAUAUGAAUAUCUUAAUUAUUUGCCAAACCAAUAUAAGAAUAAAAACACAAAGUUCAUUAAAAUACAAAAAUCACUAUUAAGUUCAUUUAAUUCAAGCAAAAAUGACAAUCCAGCUUCUGUUUGGGUUGAAACUGAAAAAUGGAUCAGUAAUAAGUCAUUAUUCCCACAUGAAAAUGGUGUUGGUGGUAAGAUAUUACAUGCUUUGCAAUCCUCACAGAUAGCGUUGGUUGAUAAUGCACUCAAAGGAACUCAGUUAAAGCUUUUAUUCCUCAUAGAGGGUAAACAGAAAGUGUUCUUUAAACCAAAGAGAUAUAACUUAGAUCAUAUAAUCAAAGGCAAUAUCUAUGCGGGUUUUGAUAGGCACAACUCGGAAGUGUUUGCAUACUACCUGGCCAUGGUUUUGAACUUCAAAUGGAUUGCACCAUCUGUUAUACGACACAUACACUUGGAUAAGGAUAUUGUACCAGUAGCUACGUCAGGCUUAAGGAGAACUAUGGUAAAAAAUGAUAAUGGAGCAUUAUGCAUUUAUGGAAAAUGCUUUUAUUGUAAAGUAAAUGAAACCGUAUGUCCUGACAGUAAGGGGCAAGUAGAAGGAGCAGCAAUACUCUAUUUAGAUAAACCAUUUAAAGUAUAUAAGUCUCCAUGGAGGAGAUCAUACAGUACCAAAAAAAUGGAAUGGGAAACAGACAACGAUUUUUGUACGAAAGUAAGAGGGACAUUGAGCACAAAAAGACUUCUCAAUCUCAUUGAUGUUGCUAUUUUUGACUUUCUCAUUCAAAAUGGUGACAGGCAUAGAUAUGAAGUGUAUAAAGAUCAAAUUAUUUUAUUGGACAAUGGAAAAGGUCUUGGUAAUCCAUCAGUUGAUGAGCUGGAUAUAUUAGCCCCACUUUAUCAGUGCUGCAUAAUGGCAUCAUCAACCUGGCAGCACCUAGAAAUUAUCUCAGGUGGUAGUUUGACAGAAACAAUAAAAAUGCUAUCAGCUUUCCAAGGCCAUAUGUUAGCAACAGAAGAACAUUUUAGGGCCGUGGAACGAAGAUUGCUAAAAAUUUAUGCUACUGUUCAAUAUUGCAUAGGAAGACAUGGCAGUUCUAAAGUUUUUAAAAAUAUUUUCUGAUUUUUCUAUAAUUAGUUUACUUAUUUAACAUUAUUAGUACUUUAGUACCUUUGUUUGGAUCUUUGUCAAUAUCUUGAUAUACCAUUACCAAGUAAAUUAUAUAUUUUAUAUAACCGUUAUAUAAAUGUUAAACAAAUAAUAAUAUUUUUUUUAUUUAAUUGUUAUACCCUAAGGAAAUGGAAAUAAACACCUUAUGAAAAAA